UUUUUGCAAUGUGGUCAACUCUGUGGCUGCUACUCAGCUCGAGCCUGCUCGCCCAGGUGCUGGCGGCAGACUAUGAAAUGAUACUGGAGGAUUCGGAUGUAUUCGAGGAUUGCACUGAUGCGCCGCCCGGCGCUGUCAAUAUUCAUGGCCUGAUGGAUUUAAGCGACAUCACAAUGCAUCUCGAUGGCUAUAAGGUGCGCGUUGAGGGCACGGCCAGGACCAAUUGGAACAUACAGCCCGGCGAUCGCAUAGCGGGAGGAAUCACUAUAAUGAAAUUCAAUCGCGGCUUGUGGGAACCCACACUGCUCAACAUUGCCACGCAGGACUUUUGCAAAAUGAUGUACAAUCCGAAUGAGUAUUGGUAUAAAUACUGGACACGCUUUGUGACCAAUGCGGCGGAUGUUAAGGACAAAUGUCUGUCCAAUCCGGGCACCAUAAUGGAGCAUGAACCCUUUGAUUUGGAAAUGCGACUCUAUAAUAUGCGUGGCCCGAUACUGCAGGGUCGCUACAAAUUGGUGGCAACCCUGGAGGCAUUCGACAAGGAGAAUCACAGGCGUCCCGAAAGUGUUUGCUUUGAAAUUCGCGGCGAUUUUGAACAAAUCAAUCAAUGAAGCAAAUAACAAAAAAUUAAAUUCAAAUAUUCACAGUAUUUUGUUAAAAUA